AUGGUUGCUUAUAAGAACCUCAGCUUCGCAGCUGUCCUGUCUCUUGGCCUUGCCGCCCACGGACUAGCCGCCAAAACUGAAGCCACCAAUCUGAUCGCUCGCGGUGUUAAGUCUGAUGGCGCUCCCGAGUUUGUUGCCCGCGACGCCGAGGCCGAGCUUGAGGAGCGUGACGAUGAAGGCGAGCUAGAGGCCCGCCAUCUUCUUGAAGAGCUUUACGAGCGCGACAUGUACGAGGAAGACGAGUAUUUAUUUGCCCGUGGUGGAGGAGGUUCAAAGGAAAAGCCUCCGUCUAAACCUGACGUCAAGCCAAAGGGAGAAAAGGGCAGCGGCAAGAAAGGGAAGCGUGGUCUACUCACUCGCGGCUCAGGGAAGAAGAACCCUCCGCCUAAGCCUGACCCUAAGAAGGACAAGGGGGGAAGGGGCCCGACAAAAAAGCGUGGUUUACUCACUCGCGGCUCAGGGAAGAAGAACCCUCCGCCUAAGCCUGACCCUAAGCAAGACAAGGGAGGGAAAGGCCCAAGAAGACAUUGA